AUGGUCAGAUGCCACGUGGGCUUUAGACUAGAGGAAAGACUCUUAUGUAGUCCCCAGAUAGUGGCCCUCGUGAAAGGAGAGCGGACAGGAGGCGCUGAUGUAAUCAAGGGAUUAAUCCAUUGGUACCUCGAGAACCUGCCUUCCAAGCAUUUCACAAAGCGUAACAGACUGACAUUCCCGGGCUUCUUGAACAGCCAGCACUGGGUGUUUGUGAAAGAGGGGCUGGAUGAUUUCAGGAAAGACUGCCCCCCACAAACACACCAGGGCCCCAAGGACGCCUUUCUUCCUCUUAUUCAUCACGGAGCUCCCAAUAUUACUCUCAAGAAGAGCAGACUGCCCAAGAGGGCAACACUGCCGUCUAAGCUUUCGAAAGCUGAGAAGGCAUUCCUGGAGGAUGUGGGAGCUCACAAGACUCUGCACCCCCUGGCUCUCUACCCACAACUUAAAGAAGCUCUGCCUGCUGAGCUCUUAUUGCAGGUGCUGGAGAUACUCGACUCUGAGAGGAAGCUAGAGGACUCGUGGGCUUAUUGCCUGGAUACCAGGAAAUUAAUGAAGGAACCCACAAAUCUUGUAGAAAAACACUCUUCCAAAGUAUGCCUACCCAAGAAGAUGCUGACGUCACGUUCAGGCCAGUGGCUUUGUGAAGAAAAGCCAAGCAAAGUGGAUUCAAUCUAUAAAGACAGUUUCCUCCAUGAUGACGUACGCAGAGGAGUCAGCGACUUCUGCCGCUGGGCCACCGAUCUUGGAAGUUCCACCAUCAACGAAGAGUUGGUUCUGCAGCAGUUUGACAUUGACUAUCAGACCAGACGCAGCUGUGAGGAGCUUCACAGGCUGAGGGUAAACCAGGACAAACACUGCAUCAACGGUCCACCUCUGCAAGAACACCGUGGGCGCAGGAGAGAACCUCAGUCCUCUGGAAAAGCAAACCCUCAGAAGCCGAAGCAGGUGAAGAUGAGGUACGGAGCCUGGUAUCUGAACACCAGUUUGUGGAAGAGACAAAGAGUGGAUGAACCUUUGGUUGACCCCAGGGUCUCACGCAAAGCUCAAGAUUGGAAUUUUAAAAAGCAGCUUCAGGAGCAGGAGGAGCUGCUUGUAGACCUUCGAGGGACAGCAGCCUUUAAGGACUUCAUUCUAAGCAGGGGCUACAGGAUGCCCAGGUUCCUUGAGAAGAUGUAUGCGGAGGAGAAAAGUAAAUCUGAAAAUAUUAAGACUCCUAAAAAGCUCACACAAACAGAGAGGAAUCCUGGGAGAAGAUGA